AUUCGGGGCCCAUCGGUUAAAUGAACUCUCUUACUAACCCAUGGUUUCCUCAUCACAGCCGCCACCCCCUCCCCUUCUCUCGUUCUCCAUGCGUCAUUGACCACGUCGGUGAGCCUCCGACGAGCAGCGGCAACGACGUACAGACUCCGAUGACCACCAUCUUUGCCUGAUCUCAUCCACGUGCCAAUGACGUGACCCUCGAAUCUGACUUGUAUUGUGAGCACGAACUUGAACGGUUUCGCCCAGACCUUCGAGCAUCGUUUCGAGACUCCAGUGUGAACAACAAGUUGUGCUGCUAGUUUUCGACGACUGGGUGUCUCUUGCAGCGGCGUUUUUGGCUUGGGGGUCGGACGUUCUCGAACACCAAGAAGCAUGGUUCAAAUCUUUUUGAUGAGGGAUCAGGUGAAAGUUAUAGAAGCAGUGAAGAUUGGUGUUCGGGCAGAAGGCAGUGGAAGAUGUUUCUUUGAGGUUUUGAUUGUUUAUCCUUGAAUAGUUUGUAACUAGUUGCUUCUGUUGAAGUGAGUAAGUUGUGAAAGUUUCUAAUUGUUGUUUUCCGCAUUAUUGGUUUAAGAUCUAUAUUGAAGAAUACGGGCUGUUUCUUAUCAAAAGGCUGUUACACUGUUUGGCCUCUUGUCUGUGCAAAACUGACACUCAAGGACUCUCUCUGUUGAACUCGAAGGAUCGGAUUAAGACCUUUAAUUUAUGCCUUCAAGUUUGUCGCUUGUCUUUUUCCUAAGAUUUAGGAAAGGUUAGGGUUUGCACCAUGAAAACUAUGGCUUUUAUGGCUCUUAAAAGGAAGUUCAGGGAGAUUGUUGUGCAGGAAUUUGUGCUACACCGAUGCUACAGCUCUAAAGUCAACUUGAAAAAGCUUCGUCCAAUGAUUUUGAAAAGAAUUCAAAAUCGGGAGAAAAACUACCCUAUAAGGGGUAUGACUCCAGUGGCACAGCAAGUCCUUGAAGCUAGGACAAUGCUUAUACAUGGAGUUUCCACACUUCUCAAAUCAUUUCCGGUUCUCUCUUGCAAAUUUUGUCCAGAAGUAUACGUUGGUGAGAAAGGACAUCUAAUACGAAGUUGCGGUGGUUAUAAACGUGGUGCGAAGAAUCAGGUUCAUGAGUGGAUCAGAGGUGAUUUGAACGAUAUCAUUGUCCCAGUAGAAUCAUUUCAUCUCCAUCACAUGUUCCAAGAUGUUAUUAAACAUGAUGAGAGGUUCAACUUUGAACGUGUUCCAGCAGUUGUCGAGCUAUGCUGGCAAGCUGGAGCCAAUCCAAAUGAUGAAAAUCAGUCUUCAAGCACUAGGAAUUCAGGUGAAGGAGGUGGCUCAGGCAGGGAUAAACCUUUGUCAGGUCAUGAGAUGAUGCUUUUAGCAACUGAAACUAUCAGGGCAUGGGAAACACUUCGAACCGGUGUGCAGAAGCUGUUGAUGGUAUAUCCUGCUAAGGUCUGUAAAUACUGCUCAGAAGUUCAUGUUGGACCAUCAGGACACAAAGCUAGACUUUGUGGAGUUUUUAAAUAUGAGCAUUGGCGAGGAUCUCAUUUCUGGGAGAAGGCAGACAUAGAUGAUUUAGUUCCUCCAAAGCUCGUAUGGCAUCGGCGACCACAAGAUCCUCCCGUGCUCAUUGAUGAAGGGAGGGAUUAUUAUGGACACACGCCAGCAGUGCUGGCUCUUUGCACACAAGCAGGAGCCCUUGCUCCAUCAAAGUAUCACUGUAUGAUGAAAGUUCAAGGCAUAUCACCCCGGAGUCAGCUCAAGCUGUGAAAUCUUCUUUUGUUUGAAAUUCAUGUGGAGCUUCCCCAGAUCUUCCCACUGAAUUACAGUACAUGACCUUCAGGUGACAGGGCCUAUUUAUAUUUUCUUUCUUCCUGCUUUAUCUGUUGGUUGAUCUUUUAAAUAUAUAGAGUAGAAACAUGAUACAUUAUCAAGAAAGGCAACUUAAAAUUAGUUAUUGAAAAGUUUUGUAGCUUACAAAGUUCUUCACAAAAAAAUGUGUUGUAGAAUCACCAUCAUUCUCUUAAUUAUAGAUAUGUAUAUUUCUUUUCUCGUU